AAGAGCCAUUUGUCUAGUCGCGGUCUUCAGAUGGAGCGGUCCGUGGAGAAUACCCUGCAACAUGCCAUUGGUCAUGUUCUGGUGGUAGCAAGGAUUUUUGGUGUACUCCCUCUAUACGGUAUAAAGCCCAGUGAUCAACCGGAGGAUGUACGUUUUCGCUGGCUUUCUCCGUUUAUUUUGCUAUUUUUGGGUGUGUUUGGCUUUGUGAUCGGAGACUUUGUGCUCUCCGCUAAACUUGUUGUGCAUAAUGGCCUAAAGAUUUACACCAUAGGUUCUCUUACCUUCAGUGUAAUUUGCAUAUUUUGUUUUGGAGCCUUUAUAAGUCUAGCGUCCCGAUGGCCCCACAUCAUCCGUCAGACUUCAGAAUGUGAAAGGAUCUUCCUGAAACCCUGCUAUCAAUGCCCCGAAGGACUCAAGUAUAGUCUUUACCUGCGACGAUGGGGCCUGAUCCUUCUAGCGGCCGCCCUGUGUGAACACCUCACCUAUGUGGGGAGUGCCAUUUGGAGUAAUUACAAGCAGAUCACAGAAUGCCAACUGGAAGUAGGCUUCGUGCAAAAUUACUUUCAACGCGAACGGCAGGAGCUGUUCUCGGUGAUACCAUACAACUCCUGGCUGGUGCUCUUUAUCGAAUGGAGUACCAUCUCCAUGACAUUUGUGUGGAACUUUGGGGAUAUCUUUUUGGUUCUCAUGUGUCGUUCGUUGAGAAUUCGCUUUCAGCAGAUGCAUUGGCGCAUCCGUCAGAAUUCGGGAAAAGGUAAUCUGGGGAGAGAGAUGUGGCAGGAAAUACGAAACGAUUUCUUGGACCUACAUGAUCUACUGAAGCUUUAUGACAAGGAACUGUCUGCUUUGAUCUUGGUGUCCUGCUCACACAACAUGUACUUUGUUUGUGUGCAAGUCUACCGCAGUUUCCAGGUCAAAGGAGCCUUUAUGGACGAGCUUUACUUCUGGUUUUGCUUGCUGUAUGUGAUCACCCGUCUGAUGAACAUGAUGUUGGCUGCUGCUUCGAUUCCUCAGGAGGCCAAGGAUAUAGCCAACACUCUGUGGGAGAUACCUUCACGCAGCUGGUGUGAUGACUUGGAGCGGUUAAGUGAGAUGCUUCGCCAUGAAUCGUUUGCUCUCAGUGGCAAGGGUUUCUUUCACCUGACCCGCAGGCUCAUCUUUGCAAUGGCUGCCGCUGCCUUUGGCUAUGAAUUGGUUCUCUUUCACGAAAUGAAGGGUGCCGUCACGCAGCCCAGCAUUUGCAGUCGAGCAGCCGGCUCCUCCAUGAGCAUAUUCUACUCCUAA